UACAUGCAGCCCUGGCUGCACAACGUACAGCACCUCGAAGGCAAUGUCGAUGUCCUCAUUUUGGGCCUUGUCAAAGUCACCAUUACGCAACCGGAGUUGUAUACUUCCCUCCAAGCCAAGGUCUGGUUCACCAUGGGCAAGAUUAGCACACUGGUACCCGGCAUCAUGCGCGCGUUUUUGAACACGGCGCGAGAAUGCGGUGCCGGUUCUGCUGAGGCAGAAAUCAUGGCGGACUGUGCCGUGACGCUCGCGGCCGCUAAUAAGGAGCUGGUCGCGCGCAUUAUCCUUGAUGAGGUUCUUGAAUGCCUGCGGCAGACGUCACAGGGCGCCAAGGAAAGCUUGCCGCAGCACCCAAGCUGGCCAUACCUUGCGGUCCUGACUCGCUUCCUCCUCACGCUCAGCUUCAACGACCGCCUGCAUGUGGAGAACAACCUGCCAGCGCUUUUGCACAUUAUAACCAUGCUCAUGGCUAGCGGCGGCCUGCAGGUGCGGGCCGCGAUUCACGCCAUUACCAUCAAUAUCCUGCAAUCUCUGUGCACAACGCUCACGCUGGACGCCGAACAGCUACGGCGCAUGCGCGUGCGCCUACAAGAGUUGACUAUUCCACGUACCUACUUGCAGUUUGGCAUCAGUGGAACCCGCGACUCUUCCGAGGCUGUCUUUCUCACUCGGGGGCGCAGCGGGCCGGGGUCUCUCCGCAAGCAAAAGUCCCUCCUGGAUGAUUCGGUGCGCGAUUUGAUUCCGCUCAAGCUGGAUGCCCUCCAACACCUCGUCAACAAUCUGUGGGAGACGCUGGAAGAUGUGGAGCCGGCCAACGCGCGCUGGCGCUCCGAAUGGCAUGCGCUGACCCAGGCAGCGGCCUUUCGCGCCAACCCGGCCCUGCAACCCCGGGCUUUUGUCACCAUGGGCACCACCUCGCGUCACAUGCCGCACGCCACCUUGGCGAAAAUUCUGGACAACCUGGCCACAGCGUUAAAGCGCCAGGACGUCGACCUCGUGGACAGCAUCAUGAUGGCACUAGCGCGCCUCUUGGCCGUUGUUGUCCCUCGCGAGUCGGGCUUGGAGUUUCACGCACUCUCCUUUUGGACGGCCGUGACCAUCCUGCACCUGGGUUCAGCGGCCCUCUUCACCUCUGCCUUGGCCGUGAUCGAGACCGUCUUGACCGCCUUUGAGGAUCAUCGCGUGGUCGAUGGACAUUCCUUGAUUCACGUGCUGGAGCCCUCGCGCGCACGCUGCCAGCAGCAGUUUGGCGAGCUCGAUGCCUCAAUUGGCAUGAGCUUUGCGGAUAGCUUUGAUUUUGCCAUGGCCGGCUCGCUGGUGCGGGGCCUGCAACACUCGCAACCGGGCACCGUCACGCGAACCAUCCGUCUUCUCUCGCAGCUACUCAACAUUGAGCGAGGUAUGCAAGCCCGCAAUAGCACCCGGCUGUCGCUGACGAGUUUCAAGGUGCGCCGCUCCAUGCUGGGGUAUUUGACGGUGCUGUGGCCCAUUGCUGACGAGGUG